CACACACUCACAACCCAACACAUUCUAGGAGGUGCAAAACCAACAGAUGGCUCCUAGCGCCAGUAGAAUCGUCAGUGGAAUCUGCUACACUCGACAUCAGCUUGCUCGGUGUGAGGAGUGUAGAAAGUGCUGUUCGCUAACUGCGUGGUGAAGGAGAGAAAGCGAUAGAAGAGAGAGCCAUAAUGCUGACGUUGAAGGCCCGGCCCUGUGAGGUUGCAUAGGUGCGCUGGCGAGACGCGCUCAGAUAUACCGAGCGAGCGCGGAGAAGCAGUCUCAGAUCCUGACGGUGCAGCAGCCCGCAGCCUCAGCCAGGGAGUCCCAGCCGCUUUCAAUGGAGGAGAAGCCCGGCCAGCCACAGCCUCAGCACCAUCACAGCCACCACCAUCCGCACCAUCAUCCCCAGCAGCAGCAGCAGCAGCAGUCGCACCACCACCACCAUUAUUAUUUCUACAACCACAGCCACAACCACCACCACCACCACCAUCACCAGCAGCCUCACCAAUACCUGCAGCAUGGAGCCGAGGGCAGCCCCAAGGCCCAGCCCAAGCCGCUGAAACAUGAGCAGAAACACACCCUCCAGCAGCACCAGGAAACGCCGAAGAAGAAAACAGGGAAUGAAGAAAGAAGUGUUAAACUUAGUCUUUCAAGUAAUACAAGCUAUGGUGAAAUAAACGGUAAUGCUGGAGAAAGAGAAAUAUCUUUAAAGAGCCUCAGUUCUGAUGAAGCUACCAACCCUAUUUCCAGGGUCCUUAAUGGCAACCAGCAAGUUGUAGAAACAAGCCUGAAGCAGACUGUAAAGACCAGCACCUUUGGAAAAGCAGGAAUCAAAACCAAGAAUUUUAUUCAGAAAAACAGUAUGGACAAAAAGAAUGGGAAGUCUUAUGAAAACAAAUCUGGAGAGACCCAGGCUGUAGAUAAGACCGAUACCAUAGCAAUUCCAAAUGGUGUUAUAACAAGUAGUUCAGGCUAUAUUACUAAUGGUUAUAUGAGCAAAGGAGCAGAUAAUGAUGGUAGUGGAUCUGAGAGUGGAUAUACCACUCCUAAAAAAAGGAAAGCUAGGCGCAAUAGUGCCAAGGGUUGUGAAAACCUUAAUUUAGUGCAGGACAAAAUAAUGCAAGAGACUAGUGUCCCAGCAUUAAAACAGGGACUUGAAACUUUAAAGCCUGACUAUAGUGAACAAAAGGGAAUGCGAGUAGAUGGUUCAAAGCCUAUUUGGAAAUAUGAAACUGGACCUGGAGGAACAAGUCGUGGAAAACCUGCUAUGGGUGACGUGCUUCGUAAAAGCUCUGAUAUUAAACCUGGUUUGAGUAGCAAAAAAUUUGAUGAUCGGCCUAAAGGAAAGCAUGCCUCAGCUGCUGCCUCCAAAGAGGACUCAUGGACCUUGUUUAAGCCACCCCCAGUUUUUCCAGUGGACAAUAGCAGUGCAAAAAUAGUUCCUAAAAUAAGUUAUGCAAGCAAAGUUAAGGAAAACCUCAACAAAACUGUACAGAACUCCUCCGUGUCACCAUCUUCAUCUUCAUCAUCAUCAUCUACUGGGGAAACUCAGACCCAGUCUUCAAGUCGGUUAUCCCAGGUCCCGAUGUCAGCUCUGAAAUCUGUUACUUCUGCCAGUUUUUCUAAUGGGCCUGUUUUAGCAGGAACUGAUGGAAGUGUGUACCCAUCUGGGGGUCAGCCACUGCUAACGACUGCUGCUAAUACUUUAACACCCAUCUCUACUGGGACUGAUUCUGUUCUUCAGGACAUGAGUCUGGCUUCAGCAGCCGUUGAACAAAUUAAAUCUAGCCUUUUUAUCUACCCUUCAAAUAUGCAAACAGUGCUGUUAAGUGCACAAGUAGAUCUGCCCUCUCAGACAGAUCAGCAAAACCUGGGGGAUAUCUUCCAGAAUCAAUGGGGUUUAUCAUUUAUAAAUGAGCCCAGUGCUGGCCCAGAGACUGUUAUUGGAAAGUCAUCAGAUCAUAAAGUGAUGGAAGUGACAUUUCAAGGAGAAUAUCCUGCCACUUUGGUUUCACAGGGUGCUGAAAUAAUUCCCUCAGGAACUGAGCAUCCUGUGUUUCCCAAGGCUUAUGAGCUGGAAAAACGGACUAGUCCUCAAGUUCUGGGUCACAUUCUAAAACCUGGGACUACUGAGAGUGGAGCCUUAUCCUUGGACCCCAGUCAUAUAGGUGACCUGCAAAAAGCAGACACCAGUAGUCAAGGUGCUUUAGUGUUUCUCUCAAAGGACUACGAAAUAGAAAAUCAAAAUCCCCUGGCCUCUCCUACGAACACUUUGUUAGGCUCCGCCAAAGAACAGAGAUACCAGAGAGGCCUAGAAAGGAAUGAUAGCUGGGGUUCUUUUGACCUGAGGGCUGCUAUUGUAUAUCACACUAAAGAAAUGGAAUCUAUAUGGAAUUUGCAGAAGCAAGAUCCCAAAAGGAUAAUCACUUACAAUGAAGCCAUGGAUAGUCCAGAUCAAUGAAGGACCAGACUGCCUAUUUGUAAUCUUUCUGCAGCAUUAGAGCCACCGUUCAUGUGGGACACAAGGCUUUUAUGCUCCUAGAUCUUCAACGCAGCAGAGGAACCAUAAGUAGAAUCACAGGAUAAUAUAUACAAAUAUAUAUAUAUAUAUACAUAUAUAUAUAUAGUUAUUUAAAAAAAGGCAACUGAAAGUAAUUAGACUUCUUAAGGAAUCAAAUUUAUUUCAAGAGACUACACAUGGUUAUUUAAUCUCCGGUACUGAAUAGUCCUUUUCUUUAUUAUUUUGUUAGUUUUUGUUUUUAAGUGUGAAUGCAAGUGAUUAAUGAAUACAGACUUAACAAGCGUGGUUCUAAAGUUCCUGCUGUCAUCUACUUGGGCAACAAAUGACCCACUGGAAAGGCAAAUCCACUUACUUCUAGGUAUCUGUACCUUGUUCUGUGACUAAAGUGAUACACUAAUCACGGGGAACCCAGAAUGAUUCAACAUUUUCCCCUACUCCACCCUUGAUCUUUUAGUUUUGAGCCCUGCGAGAAUGCUGGAUAAAUGCCUUGAAGUUUGCAGGGAUGUUUUUUGUUGUUUGUUUUUUGUUGGUUUUUUUUUGUUUGUUUUAAUACAAUGAUUUGCAUGUCUUGCCAAGAGUUCUGCAGCCUAUGUGGGGUGUUGGGGAAAUAGUUCCUUUCCUUUUAUUUUUUGUUGGGUGGGGACAGGGGGAGGGCAUUGAAGUUCUACAAUCCUGGAAUAGUUUGUGGGUAUAUAGUUAACUUACUUUGGUUACAUGUUUGGACUUUUAACAUCUAAGAGUGUCAUUCAAAAAAAAGUUGCAGAACAAGUAAUUGGCUGAUAAUUACCCAUUGUAAUUGUGUAACUGGGAGCAAAAAUAUAUUCUGCUUUUCUGCUGUAGGUGCUCUGACUUGCUCUCUGUCACUAACACUAAGUGUAUACUCUUGUUUUUCAUCAACCAUUUAAGAGAAACGUAUGUACCUUUCUGUAAAUUCUUUUAAUUUCAGUUUCUCAGCAAAAUCGAAAAAAGAAAAAAAAAAUUAAUGAAAACUGUCUUGUUUUUUUAGCCAGUGAGGAGGUAAUAAAUCCUGAUUGUAGAAGGUGUGUUUUCAGGCAAAUUCUGCUUCUGAGCUUACUUGUUUCUGAUUAUAUCUUAAUAUAUUUUAUCAUUAGAGCAAGAUUGGGUUCCUUUGGUUAUUUUUUUCUUUCUUUCUUUCUUUUUUUUUUUUUUUAAGAAAAAUAAUGUGAAAUUCUGAAUUUUGUUUUGGGCAGAAAGAGCAUUAGCCCUGUCUUAUCAUCGCAUUACCAUCCUGUUGUGCUGCAGCUUGUGUAUAGCAUGCGCGCGCGUGUCUGUGUGUCUGUGUCUGUGUGUGUGUGUGUGUGUGUGUGUGUGUGUGUGUGUGUGUGUGUGUGUGUGUGUGUGUAGAAACGAAGGGUCCAAUAUAAGACUGGGUGAUGUUAGUGGCAUAAAAACAAGUUCUCUGGCCUGAUGUAGCAACACAUCACACACAUAACACAUACAGAGAAAUCAAUGUAUCCAUGUAUGUCAAAUACAAGUUAAACUAGCAGGGCAUUUAUACAGUUGCAGUCUUCUAACAAAGGCAAACUGGAUCCCCUAGACACUUUUGGGGGAGAAAGUAGUUACUUUUUACUCUUGUUUUCUAAGAAAUGUCCAGUUUUGAGCGAUUGUAGUGUGGAUGGAUUUUCUGGUUUUGUUAACUAUUUCAGGUUUUUAACAAAUGUUCAUGAAAGAAGCUAUUUGAUUUACUGCAGAGAAAAAUACUUUUUAGUCUGGAUUUCUGCCCUGCUUAGAUUUUUUUUUUUUAAGUAUAAGCAUGGAUUGCCAAUUCCACUUGAUGUAAACAAAACUUUUUAUACAUAAUAUAUAUAAUAACUUAUUGUAUCAGUCCAGGUUCAGAAACUUGUGGUAGGCCAGUUUCAGAUAGUUUCAUUUCACCUGUAAACUGUAUCACUUUUACUGAUAUUGUAAUUUUCAAAUGUAUAAUAUGUUUACAGAUGUGCCCUGCAUUUAGUCGCUUUGUUCCUAUUUUGAUUUUUUGUUUUUGUUGUUUGUUUUUGUUGUUGAGUCUCCUGCCUGCUUGCCAAAAGCUAGGAUGCUUCAGGCCGGUGUACAUCAGUGAGGCAUCCUUGAGCUUUAAAGCAUUGAACAAACUGGAAAAUGCAACACGCCACAUAUUGAACUGAGUCUGUGUUUUGUGUUCUUUUUUUUUUUUUUUAAUAAAAAUUUUCAGAAAAUUUAAAAAAAAAAUCUUGAUUAAAGAAAAACGAGGCUCCAGUUUGUUUUAUAGGUUUUAAAGUUCUGCUGUGUGUUUAAUUGCCUUGUGUGACCACUUGUCGCCUUAGGGCUGAAUCCUUACCCCACUUUUUUUUAAAUGUCCAUUUUGCUUGCCUGGAAUUUAAAAGUUCUUCUGUUGCACAAAUCACAAAAACAAAACAAAAAUAUAUUUCCUUGGUUUAUGUCGUACAAGGUUGAAUGAACAUAGUCAAAAUGAAAAGAAAAUUCUAGUUUCCUGAAUUGGGAUUUUUUAACUUAGAAGUAAUACUUAGUACCUUUAAGGCCUUCACUUUCAUAGUUCCUUUUCCAUAACUUCAGGCCUCUGCAAAGGAGCUAAAGAGAGUUUAUUUCUCCUUCUCUGUCCAAGGCUUGAGAAUCUCACUUCUUCUAAAUGAAACAAUGCAACAUUUCACUUUGAUUUGUCCACUGAAAUUUUCUCAAUGUGGUUAGAGGUAUAUAUAUAUAUAUACAUAUAUAUAUAUAUAUAUAUAGUAGUUAGAAAUGUCUCUUAACUUUCUGGGAUCCCUAGUGGCCCAUCAUAUUAACUGUCAGUAUUUUUUGGACAUUGGGUUAAUGGACUUAAUUGCCUCAGUACGAGCAGGACUUUGGGACAGAUAUCUUUUGUGCUGUUUGAUACUUGUCUCAAUCUUUCUCCUUAGGUCCUCACACAAUUCCUUACAGAGCACUUAUUAAAAAAGUCUUACGAGUUCAUCUGUUUUCUGAUUUUUUGUGUGUGUGUGUAAGCUUCUAAAAGAAAUAUCAGUUGUGAUUUAAUUUAGCACAUUUAAAUAACAAUAUGUUGGUAUAAAGAAUUUUCCUUCAACUCAGAGUAUUAGUACUGUAGCAUAAACCAAAUACAGUCUAGAGGGGAUUUUUAACAUCCCUCCAUUUAAAAGACUGAAAAAAGAUGUGUGUGUGUGGAUGUAUGUAUUUUGGGAUGCUUGUAUGUUGGGGAAAGAUGAAGAUACUAAGAAAUAGUAAAUGAAUGUGUAAGACAUUAUAUUAGUAUUCAGAGAAUGAAACUUGUAUUUAUUUUGUGCCAUUUGUUUUCAUUACAUGGGAUAAAGUCAGGUAGUUUAAAUCCUUCAAGGGUAGUACUAGAAAAAUGGCACUACGGAUGAAAUCAUGACCUAUUUUUUUAAUGGCUAAGAAACUAAUUAUGGGUGAUGAUUUCCUUUUCAGUUCGUCUUGAUUGUAGGUUUUAUGUCACACACCACUCAAUUUUGUGGAAAAGUCUUGAAUAAUCUCCCUUCCUCACAAAAGACAGGGUGUAUUUAUCUUUUCUCCAUUCUCACUUCAACAACCUGAAGUUAAUUGCAUAGUAUUUCCUCUAACCUUAGUAGUGAACCUUCACAUCAAUAAAGUUUUUAUGGUGUCUAUAGUAGCCUGCCCUUCUCUACUUUCUAGGAGGGGAUAACCAAUAUCUAAAAACUUGGUAGUGACACCUUCUCCCCCCCCCCCCAUCCUCCACCCGAUUUCCUAGUUACCACUCAAUCUGCAAUUGUUUCAAAUGACAGUUUGUGGAGAAAAUAAGGCAAACCUCAAUUGAUAGGGCAGUUUCUUCACAAAAUUGGACAUGUCAGCAGUAGCUGAACACUUGGUAGACUUGUUGCCAGCCUUCACCAAAAGCUUUUUUUUUUUGAGGUCAGUGAAAAGGCAUGUAAUGUGAACUUGAACUAGAUGGGCACAUGCAAAGGAUAUUGAAGACUUGGCUCAAUUUAAAAACCUGUCUAAAUAGGUGGUGGUAAGGUGUCUCUCAACUUACUUAGUGUGCAGAAGGGUUUGAUACCACUUCACCAUAUUUUAAAAAUACACGCCUCCUUUUAUAUAUUAACCAACCGAACUAGUAAUGUAGUGGGCCAAAUAUGUGAACAAAAAAUUCUGUGAUGUUUGCCUGCCAGAGUGGACUUUGAUAGGACUGUAUUAAGAUGGGACUUAUUUCCCCGGCUUCUAGAAGCUUGGUAGGAAAGCACAGGACAAGAGUAAAAGUCAAAGUAGCUGCUUAAAGGUGGCCAGAAGAACACAUGGCCUGACAAGUCACUGAUUUUUCUCUUUGGCACCAGUAGACUUCUGUGUUGAAGGUGGGCUUCUGCUGUGGGUAUCUUAAAAUGCUUAUGAACACUUAGCUAUAUAUGUCAGUGAGUGGCAAGGCUAUUCUGGUCGUGUAAAGAAUGAUAUCAUUAACUCCACUCAAGAACUGAUCUACUGAGUUUUAAGAAAGGUCUUAAAGCAGUUAAUGCCAGCAGUAGUUGAGUUUUAAGUUCUCCAUCAUAAAAUGCCCAGCAAAGCAGCAGUAGUGUAAUACUAUUCUAUUAUGAGGACUGUCAAAUAUGGAUUAGAAACUCAAAAGACACCCUAAACUGUAGUGGGAUUGCUGGUUUAAACAUUUCCUAUUUAGAACAUUUUGUUCUGAAGUCAUAACAAUUAGAUGUCUGAAUUUUUUUGUUUGUUUUUUUUGUUUUGUUUUGUUUUUUGUUUUUUGGUUUUUUUUUUUUUUUUUACUUUUUUUUAGGUGGGGUGGGGGAUGUUGUUACAGGGUUUCUCAGUGUAGUACUGACUGGCCUGGAACUUGCUCUGUAUACUAGGCUGGCUUGGAACUUAGAUCUGCCUGCCUCUGCCUCCGAUUGCCACCAAGCCUGGCAAUGUCUGUUAUUUAACAGCCUUAUUUGAAAUAGUUAGAAUUGUUUCCCCCAGUUCAGUUUGGCUUUCCUUGUAAUCUGUUUUAAUCUUCAGACCAAACAACUUAGAUUAACAUUACAAUAGCUUUCUGUAUAUAUAUCCCCUUUCCUCAGGUGCUAAACAAAGGCUCCAAAAUGAAUACUGCUUUAGUAACAUCUCUUAUUAAAAUGCACAUUUCUUUUACUAAUUGUAAAGAUUUGGUGUUAACAAAAUGGUUUUAAUAUGUAAAUAUGAACAAAUACCUUAAGUUCUACUUGUCUAUUAAGUGUGUUUGCAUUUAUCUUUUGUAGAUAAUUUUUCACAAUCUUUAAUACAUUUCAUUAGGUAUUAUUGCAUCUUUAGAAUGAAAACAACUGUUUUGUCUUAGAUUACGCCUGCUGCUGCUGCUGCUAUGGGAAACUGAGAAAUCAAGAAUGUGAUGCACUUUUUAAACAUUACUAUAUACCAUAGGUUGCGUUAAUACCUUUUUUUUUUUUUUUUUUUUUUGGUAGCACAGCCACUAACAAAAAUGAACAGAGUUUAAUAUUCUCUUCAGGUGUGAGUAGUAAAGUAGUCUGUAGUUUGUGUUGAUUUAUGAAGGGGACAAUAACUUAGAAGUAAAUUUUUGGUUAAUAUUAUAUUUUGGCCUUAAAAUGUCUUCUACUACUGAAAAUAUUUUAAAUCAUAGCUUUGUUUCUAUUCCCUCUGCUUCAAAAAGACUUGGGAAGGAUUAGAGGAAGUCAUUUCAUUGUUUUCUUUUUAGUUGUCAGUAAGCUGGGUUUUUUAUUACAUUUAUUUCAGAGAAGUAAUGCUACCCUAAACCAAUCAUACCUAGUUUAGUUAACAAGCUCCCAACUAUUCCACUUCUCUAGUAUAUAUUCAAAGAUAAACAAGGUGUAAGAAUGCAACUUGACAAAGGAAAAAUAUCUUUGCAAGCACAUACUCAAAGAUGAAGGAGGAAAAGUAUAGAGGAAGGACACCAAAUGAGGUGGAGGAAUAUGAGAAUGAUGUGUGGUCCAAAGCUAUCUGGUUAUAUUUUGAUGUUGCCAAUAUUGCAGAGCCAAAUUUUUAAUUUGCUUACUAAUAUAUUUGUUGGCCAGAGAUCUAUUUUUAUAUCAGUGUGCCUUGCAUGUAUAUUAACUUUGGAAAGGCCAUGUAGUAAAUGCCUGAGAUGUUGAUGGUUCUUACCACCUCACUGAUUUUUAUGCAGUUGAAAUGUUCAUUCUAUUGCCCAACUGGUGCUCUCUGUUUAAAGUUAUAGAUCUUGUCAAACUGGAACUCUUUUAUAAACUGGGGAAGUGACUUGUUUUUUCACUAAUCCCCCUACCCCCAUAGUCUGUUAGUGGCUGGUCUGUAGGGAAAUAGUAAAAAUUAUUCACUACCUACCCCUACCCUUAACACCACCUUCAAGUAAUGUGAUAAUACCAUUUCUUUGUGCGCUUUGAAAAAAGUUUCAGCUUGCUGCCUCCUUUAGUGUUAUGAAAGGUAUUAUUAAAAGCAUUGUUUGCAAAAAUGCAGGAAGAUGAUGGAUGUCCACAUUAAUUUGGGAUUCUUUGUGAGCUUUAAUUCAAGUUAUUGGCUCAUUCCAACAAUUUUAUUGUUGAAGCACCUUGCUUAGGAAUUUUUAAAUAUUCAUGUCUGCAACACUUGUCUCAAAAUAAAUUGUGCAAUUCUUGUCAAAAAACAGUAAACAAAAACAGAUCUGAACUCUCCCUAUUGUGACUUGUUAGUUUCUGUAUUUUCUGCCAGUGUAAAUGUGAAAAGCUUUGCUUGCAUUACGUUUUAGAAAUGCAUUUUGCACACUCAGUUUUGCCGAAGCUCCAUGAAAAGGUUAGAUUUAAGUAGAUGAAUAAAGCUAUGCACAUGUUUUGAAAGUUUAAUUUGUGUGUCAUUACCAAAAGUAAUCUGUCAUUAUUUUGCUGUUCUUAGCUUUACCAUCUUUGGAAACAUGGUUCAAAGUUAUAAUCUGGGCUAGCUCAUCAGUGGAACUAAAAUGAAGGAAAACUGGCACCCACUGAAUAAAGUUGAAUUGUAAUGAGAGCCUGACUUGUAUCUGUUAAAGGGCUUUUCUUCAACAGGACAGUUGUAUCAGCUUUAUAAACCAUUGGACCCAAUGUUCUUCUCAGUGAAAUUUUAAAUAUUUAUGAAAAAGAAAUGGAAAGUCAUUCAAACUGAAAUGAAGGAUAGACCUUUGCCAUAUGAAGCUCUGACAAUUUUAUGUCUUAAGUCUGGUUUAAAGUUAGGAUAGCCUUUUUAUUAACCUUUAUUUUAACAUGAAUUUGAUUAACUGGAUGAUUUGAAAUUAAAGUCAUUAAGUUUAAAGGGCAAAGCACAAGAUUGUUUUAAAGAUAUAUUGAAAAGCCCAAGUUGAUCUGAGCAAGUUCAUGAUCUGGGCGUGUUUGGUUAAUUCACCGCAGUUGCAUGUUCUAAGUAGUUUCACUUACUUGAAGUGUGCACUCACAAAGUUGUGUAGAUGUGCUGGCCAGAUCUUGUCAUUCAUCUUCUAAUAGAUAGCUUUGCUCAUUUCCUUUAGGACAUUUGUAGACGAGUAGAAGAUAUUAUCAAUGGUGUUUUCCCCAGGCUCCCAGAUACAAGAUAUAUUUCAUUUUAUAGCUUUGUCUAGUAAAGAUUCUUCAAAAUAUGGUUAAUGAUGCAUAACCUUAUAAACACAGGUAGUAGCGAACAGCUUGGAUGGCUUUGGCUGCUCUUGAAUAUCUGUCAUUAGUUUGAUUCACAUCUUAGUUGAUUACACUUGUAAUCCUGGCAACCAGAAGGCUGAAGCAAGCGGAUUGAGUCCAAAGCCAGACUGGCCUGCAUGGCAACAACAUAGUGUAUUGGAGAAGUAAAGUAAUCUAUUGUGUGCAGAUUUAUUUAUGAGCUGGGUUGCCUUUUAAUUUUGGAAAAGGAGAAUUACUGCAUUAUAGUUAGAAGAUGUUGGCCCUUUUCCUGCUGAAAUUUUUUUCAAUACUUGUUUUGCCCAGUUUAAAAAAUAAUAAAAGUAGGUCUUUUUUAGAUAGAACAGUGACCAGAAGUUUAUUGUUUUGCUAAAUAACUGACUGCUUAGUUAUACUAAAGCUGUUGAUGUUAUGGAUUCCAAGGAAGUGUCAGUUACAUGAUGAUCUUUCUUUAUCAAUGUCUUACUUAAUGUUCAGUGUUUUAAAAAUACAGAAUUACACUCCACAACCAUACUCAGAUUUACUUAUUUUAUCAGAAAAACUUGAGAUUUGUAGAUCAAAUAAGACAAUUAAGUGUACAUUGAAUAAAAAAGUUUAAAAGUU